AAACCCACCUCACACUCCUCUCUUCCUCGCACUCGCUGACACUCGCCAGCUAGCUCCCUCGCCAUGGCGGCCACUACCAUCCUUCUCCUCCUGUCCGCCACCGUUGCCUCGGCUGCGGACCUCUCCGUUUACCACAACGUGCACCCGUCGUCCCCGUCCCCGCUCGAGUCCAUCAUCGCGCUCGCCCGCGACGACGACGCGCGCCUCCUCUUCCUCUCUUCCAAGGCCGCCUCCUCCGGCCUCACAUCCGCCCCCGUCGCCUCCGGCCAGACUCCGCCAUCGUACGUCGUCCGCGCGGGGCUCGGCACCCCGGUGCAGCAGCUCCUCCUCGCGCUCGACACCAGCGCCGACGCCACCUGGGCGCACUGCGCGCCGUGCGACACGUGCCCCGCCGGCAGCCGCUUCAUCCCGGCCAGCUCCUCCUCCUACGCCUCCCUCCCGUGCGCCUCGUCGUGGUGCCCGCUCUUCCAGGGCGAGCCGUGCCCGGCGAAUCAGGACGCCUCGGCGCCGCCGCCGACGUGCGCGUUCGCGAAGCCGUUUGCCGACGCCUCCUUCCAGGCGUCACUGGCCAGCGACACGUUGCGGCUAGGCAAGGACGCCAUCGCCAACUACACGUUCGGGUGCGUGGGCUCGGUGACCGGGCCGACGUCGAACCUGCCUAAGCAGGGGCUCCUCGGCCUCGGCCGGGGGCCCAUGGCGCUGCUGUCCCAGACCGGGGGCAAGUACAACGGCGUCUUCUCCUACUGCCUGCCGAGCUAUAAGUCGUACUACUUCUCGGGCUCACUCCGCCUGGGCGCCGCCGGUCAGCCGAGGAGCGCCCGGUACACGCCGCUGCUCAGCAACCCGCACCGGCCGUCGCUGUACUACGUGAACGUGACGGGGCUCAGCGUGGGCCGGGCGUGGGUGACGGUGCCCGCAGGCUCGUUCGCGUUCGACCCCAACACCGGCGCCGGCACGGUGAUCGACUCAGGCACGGUGAUCACGCGGUGGACGGCGCCCGUGUACGCGGCGCUGCGCGAGGAGUUCCGGCGCCAGGUGGCCGCGCCGAGCGGGUACACGUCGCUGGGAGCGUUCGACACGUGCUUCAACACGGACGAGGUGGCGGCGGGCGGCGCUCCCACGGUGACGGUGCACAUGGACGGCGGCGUGGACCUGACGCUGCCGAUGGAGAACACACUGAUCCACAGCAGCGCGACGCCGCUGGCCUGCCUCGCCAUGGCCGAGGCGCCGCAGAACGUGAACGCCGUCGUGAACGUGGUGGCCAACCUGCAACAGCAGAACGUCCGGGUCGUCUUCGACGUCGCCAACUCGCGCGUCGGAUUUGCGAGGGAGGCCUGCAACUGAGAACCCGUCUUCUUAGCUUAUGCAGCUUUCCAAUAUUGUGUGCAACAAUAAGGGACGUGACACGAAAAAAAAAAUGGUCGGUCACGGGUAGCAAGCUAGGGAAAUCACUGCCAGAUUGUGUAUUGCUUUUGUUUUGUUUCGUAUGGCUGUUGCAAGAGAUUAAUUUGGAGGUGAUGAAGACUUGAAAUCAA